GUUUGUUAGAAGCAGGGCUAAACUCUGCAAUUUCUACCCAAACUUUUAUGUUUUAUCUUGUAUAGCACCAAACAACAGACUCAAAAAUUCUGGUCCAAUCCUAGCCAGCCCAAUCCAACAUUCCAACCCCAAUCCUAUCUUGUCCAAUCCGACUCACCACGGCCUAAAUUCCCGAAAGUUUAUAGGGUUUAAGGUUUUAUCAGUUUAGUCUCUAAACACCAAACCCCCACAAUGAAUUCUCACCGCACCAUCACCGGCAUGUCGCCGGAGCCAUUCUCAGCCUCGGGUCGGGGCUCCGAGAAGCUGAGCUUGUCUUCGCUUCAGUCGAAGAUGAAGUGCGACCCGGAGGGGUACGAGUCGGAGCUUCACCUGAUCUAUAAUCAAUUCAAGUCGUCGCUGGAGCUCUUCAAGCAACAAGCGGAUCUUGGGUUCAAGUCGGUUAGCGGCAUUGAGAAUGACCCGGCCGUGGCGAAGGACCUCGGCGAUCGGGCCAUGUUCUUGGCUCACGUCACCCCUUUUUACCCGACCCAUCUGGCCCAUUUCCCCGCUCAGCUCGCCGAAUUUCUCCGCUCCUCCGCCCGAACACUUCCGUCAGGGCUCCGCUUGCACGUCGCCCAAGCUCUCAUCCUUCUCAUGAAUCGAAAGAUGGUGGAUAUGGGAGACAAUCUAGCUUUGUUCAUGGAGCUACAGACUUAUGGCGAUAAGGCAUUGAGAAAGCUGGCAUAUUCUCAUGUGGUUCAUAGCAUUAAGAGAAUGAAUCAGAAACAUAAGAAUGAAGUGAAGAAUCGGGCGCUUCAGAAUGUCUUGUUUGAGAUGCUUCGGCAAGAGGAUGAAACAAAAGCGAAGAGGGCGCUUAUCGCACUACGAGAGCUUCACCAGAGAAAGGUGUGGUUUGAUGAAAGAACAGCCAAUGCGAUUUGUACUGCAUGCUUUCAUCCAUCGUCAAGGAUAAUGAUUGCUUGCCUCUCAUUUCUGCUGGAUUACGAGAAGUUUGAAGAUGAUGAUAGUGAUGCAUCAAGUAGCGAAGAUGAAGCUCCUCACACACCUCAAUUAGUCCUUAAUAGAGAGUCAAUUUAUAAGGCACACCAUCAAGGUACAAUUGCUAGCAAGAAGAAAAAGAAAGCAAAACUACAGCGUGCCAUGCGUAGUAUGAAAAAACAGCAACGCCUGUCAUCAGAAAAAAGUAAUUCAAAUUAUCAUACGCCACUUAAUCAUUUGAAAGAUCCACAGGGAUUUGCUGAGAAGCUAUUCUCCCGCCUUCAAACCUGCAAUGAACGAUUUGAGGUCAAGAUGAUGAUGUUGAAAGUAAUUGCUCGCAUGAUUGGGCUUCACCGCUUGAUUUUGCUGAAUUUUUAUCCUUUCCUUCAGAAAUAUAUUCAGCCUCACCAACGCGAUGUCACAAGUUUACUUGCUGCAGCAGUUCAGGCCUGCCAUGAUAUGGUUCCUCCUGAUGCAAUUCAACCACUAUUCAAACAACUAGUGAAUCAAUUUGUACAUGAUCACUCACGUCCAGAGGCCAUAGCUGUUGGACUGAAUGUAACGAGGGAACUGUGUUUACGAAUUCCUUUGUUGAUGACCGAAGAUUUGCUGCAAGAUCUUGCAUUAUAUAAGAAAUCACAUGAGAAAGCAGUUUCAAUAGCAGCCCGUUCACUUAUUGGUUUAUUCAGAGAGGUUCUCUCUCUCUCUCUCUCUCUCUCUCUCUCUCUCUCUCAUAUACAUGGCUUAUGUACCGGCAGUUCUUAUGGAGAAGUCAACGUACUCAGCAAUGUUCCUGGUGUUGAACUGCUAGAAGAGGAUGAUGGCAAUGAGGAUGGUGAUGAUGCUGAUGAAGCUUCAUUAAGCGGCACUGAUGAUGAUCUUGAUCACGAUGAGAAGGUUGCUUCCAGUGAUGAUGAAGACAACCAGAUAGCUAACAGUGUCAGUGGAAGUGAAGAGGAUUCCGUAGUAGCUGAAGAUGUAGAUAGUGAUGGUAGUAUAGAUAACAACGACAGUGAUGUCAGUGGUGAUGAGGAUGAUGAAGAGGAUGAGGAUGACAAAGACGAAGAGGAUGAGGAUGACGAAGACGAAGAGGAUGAGGAGAAUAAAUCCAGCAACAAUGAUGCCAAAGAUAGGGGAACUGGAGUAAAAGAUAACAAAGCAAAAAAGAGGAAGGUUGCAGAUUUUGAUAAACAACUUACUGAUGCUGACGCAAGUCUUCGUGCUUUAAAAAGAUUGGCCAAAGAGAACAUGGAGCACACUUCGUUGGACUCAACAGAUGGUUUUCUUUCUAAUGAGGACUUCCAGAGGAUUAAGGAAUUAAAGGCAAAGAAGGAUGCCAGAUUUGCUUUGACUCAGCAUGGAUUGUUGAAAAAGGGUGCAGAUUCCAAAUCGCCAGCAUUCAAGAUUCCCAAUUCGGAUGAACUGAGCAUUAAGCGCGUAGAUCCUGCAAAGCUUGAAGUCCACGUGAAGAAAAGGAUGAGCAAGGAGGAGAGAUUGGCAUUAGUGAGAGCAGGGAGGGAGGACAGAGGGAAGUACCAGGCUCGAGCUGCUAUAAAGCAGAAGAAGACGGGUGGUAUGAGCAAUCGGCAGAAGGAACACAAGAAACCCAUGCCUCUUGCUGCAAAGAGGGCAAAGGUAGCUAAAUCUCGUAUAGAUAAAAAGAAAAAGCAGCAGCGAGCUGGCAAACAAUUCCGAGGGAAGAAAGCAUGGAAAUGAGGAACCUCAUCAGUUUUAUCUUUUUCUUUCAUCCCCCUACUUUUUACUUGCAAGUAAAUUGUAAGAGUUUGUUAUUUAUGAACAAGAUGCCAUUGUUUUUCCUUAAUGAGGAUGCCCGUUUGUAGUUGUGGCUGCCUCAAUUCUCAAAAGAGACGUUUAUAGGGUUCUGUAUUCAAAAACUUGUGAAAGAUUUUGAUGACACUUUCAAGGCAAGAAUAUGUUCGGCCAUAAA